CUCAUCUGCCUUCGUAUAUUGCCUAUGCACUUCUGCCCAUUGGCUUACUUUCACCACCCACGCUCGCAGCAGCUCCAUGGCUAUCCUCGCUGAUAUAUAUAUUAUCCGAGCCGGAACUGGCGAGGUAGAUUGCCGCAUUCAGGGUUAACUGUCCAACAACUGUGAGAAGUGAAGUUGCGCCGCGAUUUGCUUGGAACGCAGCGUUUGAGAUAUGGCCGUAGACGAGGAGGCUGUUCCAGGGGCCACAUUGCGCCAACUCUCCUCUAAGUCUGAGGAAGUUUCCGCCGGUGCCCGGGCUACAGCCGCCACAGGCUCAGACGGCAAUGUGCAUCGCGCGAUAACCCACCAGGGUCGCGCAGAAUCGACGCGGGACGCAGUCGAACUGAAGGAAGACGCAGACCGUCGGCAGGAGAUGGAAGUCCACGAAUGGGCUUCGCGGAAAUGGUGGUCAGAUGACCAAGAGUGCAGGGCGAGGCGCAAGUUGGACAUUAGGAUUAUGCCGCUGAUAUUUGUCACUUAUGGGUUAGCCUUCCUCGAUCGCUCCAACAUUGGCAACGCCAACACGGCUGGCCUUUCUCGCGACCUCGGCAUGUCCGACAGCCAAUAUCAAUGGCUUCUAACCAUCUUCUACGUCGCCUACCUUCUGUUCCAAUUUCUCCUGCUCGGAUACAAAAUCCUCCCACCACAUGUGCACAUGAGCGCUUGUGUCUUUGUUUGGGGGCUCGCGAGCAUGCUACAAGCGGCGGCUUUCAAUUGGAGCAGCAUGAUGGCGGCUAGGUUUUUCAUGGCAGCAGCAGAAGCCGGCUUCGGCACAGGUGUCGCGCUCUACCUGAGCUUCUUUUAUCCACGCACAGAAAUCGGUAUCCGCUUCGCAUGGUACGCCACGGCCGGUGCGAUCGCAUCUGCGUUCGGUGGCGCACUCGCUUACGGCAUCGUGCAAACUAAGUCUGCCGUUCCACCGUGGCGCCUGCUAUUCAUAAUUGAGGCUGCACCAACGCUUCUCAUGUCAGUCUUCAUCUUCUUCCUCCUUCCUGACUCAAUCGAGGCCUCGCGCUUCCUAACCCAAGAGGAGCGCAACAUUCUGCGAGCACGGCUGUUUAGCAUCGAAAAAGACUUGAAGGUGAUGACGGGGGAUGAUGAACAGAAAAGGGAAAGAUUCUUAAAGAGCUUCGAUUGGGAUCACUCAUUUAAGGCUCUGAAAGAUCCGCUGUGCUACAUGAAUUCGAUCCUGUUCUUCAUCGUGAAUGUAGGAUACGGCGGGAUUCCUGUCUACUUGCCCACGAUCCUGUCCGGCGCCGGCUUCUCAUCAUUGCGGGCACAAGGCUUGACUGCGCCGUUGUACCUCGCUGCCUUCCUCGUGGCGGUGUGCAUCGUCCGGAUCUCGGACCGCGUGCAGCUGCGCGGACCAUUUGUCGCCAUACUUGCGGCCCUCGGAGCAGUGGGAUACUUCUGGCUCGCUACUUUGGAUGGCAAUUGGCAGAGGUACGGGGUGCUGUUCCUCGUGACGGUCUCGCUCUUCACGUAUAUUCCCAUAUGCUAUAUGUGGUUGCUUAACAACAGCAACGGCGAGUCUAAAAAGGGAUUUGCUCUGACCAUCUUUGGCACGAUCGGCCAAUGUGGACCUCUGCUCGGCACGCGCCUCUUCCCGUCGCAUGAACGGCCAUACUACCGCAAAGGCAUGUGGAUCUCAGCGGGCCUGCUCCUCUUCGCUGUGCUCCUCGCAUCGUCCACCAGCGUCUACCUCGCAUGGGUGAAUAAGAAGCGCGACCGUGCGCAGGCGGCAGAAGAGCGGAACUCCGAGCAUGGUGCUGCUGAUGAGAAUGAACGGGGCGAAUUGGCUGAGCAGGAAAACGAGAGGCGGAUCGUGGAUAUCGCCCAAAAGGGAGAGGACUCUAUCUACUUUCGAUACACGCUCUGAGAGGGCGGGCGCAUCGACCGAGCAACACUUCCUGCUGUAUAUCCACACGCUACUAGCACGCAACUAAGCGAAACGGGCCAUGGGAUGUGUUCUUCAGUUUGCGGCACGCAGAGUUGAGCGGCGCCCACGCCCAUCAUACUGCCC